UCUGUCUCUCUCUCUCUCUCUGUAGACUGUGAGCGGGCGAUCAGCGAGACUUUCUUUAGUAAUUGUUGGUAAUGAGGAGCAGCUCCAGCUGAUCUGUGAUCUUUCCCUUGUAGGCGGGUCUCCAGAUGUGUGUGGCUGCUGAUUGGAGGAGGCUGUACUGGUGGGUGGUCCUCCAGUGGGUAGUGGGCGUGGCUUUAUCAGAGCCCUGCGCUCAGCGCUGCGAUUGUUUGCCAAAGCUCCUGAUAGCGAUCUGUUCAUCAAGACAACUGUCUUCUGUUCCCGCGAGUGUUCCUGACAACAUCCUGACGCUUGACUUAACUAACAACCUCUUAAAGACCCUAUCAAGGGGACAGUUCUCAGGCCUGACGCAGUUACGCGAGCUGGACCUCAGCGAUAACGCACUAACAGCGAUCGAAGUCGAAGCCUUCGCCGGUUUACAGAAUCUCGUUGCGCUGAAUUUAUCCCACAACCAUCUAAAGAUCAUCCCAGUCGGAGCCUUCUCCGGCCUCCACGGCGUUCAGUUCCUGGACGUCAGCUGGAACGAGAUCUUGGUGCUCCUGGACGAUACGUUCGGCGAGAUGCCGUCUCUCCAGAAGCUGGAAGCCAGUGAGAACGAUCUGGUGUUUAUCUCAAACCGUGCUUUCGACGGUCUCUCCGGUCUACAGGAGCUGAACCUCGACAGAUGCAACUUGACGUCAGUGCCGACCGAAGCGUUUUCACGUCUCUCCGGAAUCAUCCGGCUGCGUUUGUGCCGACUCGGACUCAUGACGCUUCCCAACAACUCCUUCCGCCAGUUGGGACGUUUGCGCGAUCUUGACGUUUCCCAUUGUCCUUGGUUGGACUCGUUAGCCGCUAACAGUCUGUUUGGACUCAAUCUCACGUCGCUAACACUGAGCCACUGCAAUCUGAGCGCCGCACCGUAUUCCCCGCUGCAUCACCUCGUCUACUUGCGAUACCUGGAUUUAUCGUACAACCCAAUCACUAUUAUCCUUUCAAACCUUCUUGGGGAUUUGCUACGACUCCAAGAGCUGCAUCUAGUCGGUACAGGGCUUCUACGAAUAGAGCCUGGCGCUUUUCACAACCUUGCGUUUUUCCGGUUCCUCGACGUGUCGGAGAACCGUCUGGCGACGCUGGAGGAGUCUGCGUUUCAUUCGGUCGCUGCUUUAGAGGUCCUGGGGUUGGACGGGAACCCGUUGGCCUGCGAUUGCCGGCUUCUUUGGGCGAUGCGCAGACGCCCGUGGCUUCGCUAUGAAGGACGAGCGCCGACGUGUGCAACACCUGUGCAGGUGCAAGGCCGGACGUUUGCUGACUUCACAGAGGCUGAGAUUCCCAGGCUGUUUACAUGCAGACAAGCUCGCAUUCUGACUCGGAAGCCGCAGGAUGUUCGGACGGACGAAGGACAUACGGUUUUGUUCUUCUGCGCAGCGAAUGGAGAUCCGGCGCCAUCGAUUAUUUGGCUGAAUCCCAAACGCUCUGUUCUUACCAGCUCGGGCCGGAUUCGCAUGCUCACUAAUGGGACCCUGGAAGUGCGGUACGCACAAGUACAGGAUAGCGGGUAUUACCUGUGCAUCGCUUCGAACGCGGCCGGGAAUGACAGCGUCUCUGUGAGCCUGCGUGUGCGAGGGCUUCCAGCGUCCGCUCGCAACCGCUCCGGCUCGUUCUUUCUGGAAGGAUGGAGCUUCGCGUCCGGGCAAGCGGCGGUCAACGGAUCGCAGCCGUUUCCAUUCGAUGUGAAGACGCUGGUGAUCGCGGUCACCAUGGGGUUCCUUUUGUUCCUGAGCUCGGUGGCAGUCUGCUUCGUCUUCAUGUUUUUCUGGAGUCAGAGCAAAGGACAGAUCAAACACACGGCGACGAUCGACUUCGUGCCACGCAGCGCAGCGACGGCGUCCGGAGGCGGACGGACAACGAUGGAGACGGGGAGGUUCACCAUGAAGCUGAUCUGAGAACUUGAGAUGUUUGAGGUGCUACUAGAUAUCCAGUUUCCCAUGAGCUUAAACAUGAGGAUUAAAGAUAAGAGAGGUUAGUUAAACACAAAAUAAAAAA